AUGUCGUUGACACCCUAUCAUACAUACGACGGUCCUCGUGAAAACUUCGCGACAUCUAUUGGCUUCGGCAUCGAGGCGAGCCGGCUAGAGAGUGCCGCACGAUAUAUGGGAGACUUCUGUUCGUGGGUGUCGCGUCUCGUGCUCGUCGUCAUGACUGUAUCCGUGUUCUAUGGGCGCAAUCGGGGUACCGGCCAACUAGGGGAAACCCAAAUAUGGGAGAUUGCCCGCUCCGGCCAAUUUCCAACCAAUCCCACCAAUGCUGGUCUACAACAGAUGGGGUCCGUGCGCCAAGUCGCUUCUCUACGUACAAUUUCAGUAUUUCUUGUGAGGCGACUGGAACCUCAGCGAACACCCCCGCCGGCGCCGGGUCCAGUCACCACCCUUGCCGACCCGUCCGCUGUCCAAUCCAAAAGCCACAAUGAUGACUAA